CGUAUCUACCGAAGACAAUGCUUCCCAGUAUAAAAGAGCAUUCGUCAGAGAUCUCUUCACUCUGUAUUUUCCAAUCGCCAUGGCUACUCAACGAAGAAAAAGCCCUAGCUCUCUCUAUCUCAUUGCUGUUUUCUCUCUACUUGUAGCUUCCGCCGCCGCCAAAGUUUUCUUCGAGGAAAAUUUCAAUGAUGGCUGGGAGAGCAGAUGGGUGAAAUCUGAUUGGAAGAAAGACGAGAACAUGGCCGGAGAGUGGAAUCACACCUCUGGCAAGUGGAGUGGAGACGCUAAUGACAAAGGUAUCCAGACCAGUGAAGACUACAGGUUCUAUGCCAUUUCGGCUGAGUUCCCUGAAUUUAGUAACAAGGGAAAGAACCUAGUGUUCCAGUUCUCUGUUAAGCAUGAGCAAAAGCUUGACUGUGGUGGUGGGUACAUGAAGUUGAUUAGUGGGGAUGUUGACCAAAAGAAAUUCGGUGGUGAUACUCCCUACAGUAUCAUGUUUGGACCAGAUAUCUGUGGCUACAGCACCAAGAAGGUCCACGCUAUUCUCACUUAUAACGACACAAACCACCUGAUCAAGAAGGAAGUCCCAUGUGAGACUGAUCAACUGACCCAUGUCUACACUUUCAUCCUCCGCCCUGAUGCCACAUACAGCAUUCUCAUUGACAGUGUGGAGAAACAGUCUGGUAGCUUGUACUCUGACUGGGACAUUCUCCCACCAAAGACGAUCAAGGAUCCAAGUGCCAAGAAACCUGAAGAUUGGGAUGACAAGGAAUUCAUUGAUGAUCCUGAGGAUAAGAAGCCAGAGGGCUAUGAUGACAUUCCAGAAGAGAUAACUGAUCCUGAUGCCAAGAAGCCAGAGGACUGGGAUGAUGAAGAAGAUGGUGAAUGGACAGCCCCAACCAUUCCUAACCCGGAGUACAAGGGCCCAUGGAAGGCAAAGAAAAUUAAGAACCCCAACUACAAGGGGAAGUGGAAGGCUCCUAUGAUUGAUAACCCAGAGUUCAAGGAUGACCCAGAUCUCUAUGUUUUCCCAAAAUUGAAGUAUGUGGGAGUUGAAUUGUGGCAAGUGAAAUCUGGAACCUUGUUUGACAAUGUUGUCAUAACCGAUGAUCCAGAGUAUGCCAAGUCAGUUGCUGAGGAAACAUGGGGAAAGCAGAAGGAUGCGGAAAAGGCUGCUUUUGAAGAAGCAGAAAAGAAGAGAGAGGAGGAGGAAUCAAAGGCUGCUCCAGCUGAUUCUGACGCCGAGGAUGAUGAUGAGGCUGAUUCAGAUGAUGCUGAUGAUGCUGAUGACAAGUCUGAGUCCAAGGAUGAUGAUGAAGCAGCACAUGAUGAACUGUAAGGGCUAAGCAUUUUGAUUCAAGCUGACAAAAGAAGCUUCCCGGAAGAUUUCCUCCCCCCACUCUCUCCCUUCCCCCUUUCUUUUUUUCCUUUUUAUUAGUGAAUUAGCCCCUUUCCAUUUUUAGUGAAAAGACCCAGAUUGAGGGUGCAUGAAGUCGUGUAUGGCUGAUUGCUUUGAUGUCAUUGGGACUCGGCCAAUAGGAAUACAUGUUUCGUUUUGACUAGAACUUUACUUAAUUAUGUUGAAAUUACUAUCUAAAUUUUCUAUUUGUCUUGCUCCUUGGCUCUAAUUCAACGUGACAAGUAAAUUAAUUGGAUGCCACCAUUUCAAUCUCA